AAAAACCGCCACGCUCCCAUCUGAUUGGCUGGUUUGCUCUUGACGUAACGCAACACGCUCGAGUACAAUCCUAGCUAUAUAACGGACAUCUUUUCUCGCGUUGUGAUUGGUGCGCGGUGUAAACGAUGGGCGGCGCCCCUUCCGUCUCGGAGAGUCGGCGCUGCGGCUGAAUCUCAAACAGCUCAACUCUACUCUAUGCGAGCGCGCUACUCAGGGUGUGAAGUAACGGCGCGUGCACCCUGUAUAGUGCACUACGUUUUGUCGAACGAGUCGUUUCGGAUUGAAGCCUUGUAGAAGCCAUAGUGCGUGAGGUGGAAGAAGGGAUUCAACGCGGAGGUUCGAGAAGGAGCAAGGAACACAAGCUGGCUGGUUUAGGAAGAUGUCUGAGGGCAAGUGUUUUCUGAGCGACUGCGAGCCGUGUGACAGCAGCAGCCAGAGCAGCAUGAUCUCGGUUCGGCUGAGGGACAUGGAGGACUCGACGGAGCACAGUGUGGAGUAUGAGAAGUGCUCGGUUUUUCAUUGCGCUCAUUCCAAGUGCAACCUGGUGCUGGGGGACUCUUUAGGAGCCUGCGGGGAGGUCAAGAGCCUCAAGUCCAUUAUUUGUCUCAAAAUCAGCAAGGAUGUAAGAGUGAGAGGAAAGCUUGAGAUGAACAAGGAGGGUCCUCUUAAAUUUUGCACUUACAACGUUCUGGAAUGUUCCGGCUGUCGUCGUUUUGUCGGCUUCGUGCUCCACUCCACGCCGCACCACUUGUCCUCUCUGAGAGGCCUCUACCUCUUGCUGAAAGAAGCCGUGAACUGCUACAUGCUAAAAAGCUGCAUAACCGUGAACGCUUCCAAACUCCGCUUUGAACACAGACCGCUGGGAAGGAGCAUCAGUGAGAUGAAACAGGACCUGGAAGCUCAGCUGAAGCAGGUGAACCUUUUGAAGGACAUGUUGGACAGCAGACUGGGACACGGCCAUCUCCCUCUGUCCUCCACCGUCUCCGAUUAGCGUCUCAGACUGUCGUUCGUAAGAUUGCGCUUAUGUUGUGUUCAUGCUUUACGUGU